AUGCAGGCUCAACGCCACGAAGGAGAUGCAACCAACCAGAUGGACACACAAUACCACUUCAGCCAGCCUGCCUACCCUGACAUGGGUUUGGGAGGCUUGGCUGAGGGCGGGUGGGAAUCGGGUCCUCUCGAACACACAAUCUUGCCGAUACCACAGGAUCUCCAAAUCCCCAUCAUCGAUGAUGCACAUUUUUCCAUGGUGGGAGGUUGGCUUCCAAAUUUGUCAACUCAAAGCACCUCUCUCAACCACGGCUCGUUUCUGGCGCAGGCUCCAGCGCAACAUCCAUCUGUACUUGGCCAUUUCCCCGUUGGAAAUGAAGAGUACAAUGCAACAUGGACAGCGGACUAUAUUUCCGAACCCGGGAUGGCCAGUCAGCAACCAUAUCCAUACUUCACCCAGUCCGCAGACAUGGGUGCUAUGGUUCCAGGGAAUCCGUUCCUGGCCCACACUGGAGAUAUUUCGAAGUGGGCUAACAUGGACUUCACGGACGACAUGCUCGCGGACUUCCCUAUUGUUGCCGGAGUCUCAGGACCAGUCAAUAACAACUCCACUCCACAGUUUCUUCCUCCAGUAGUAGCUCCACCCGCAGCUCCAGUCGCAGCUCCUAUAGUAGUAGCUCCAGCAGCAGCUAUAGUCACGGCUCCUCCGCUAGCAACGUGCACAUUCUGCACCAAGACCUUCGUCCGCGACUCAGACCGCACCCGCCACGAAAACAGCAAGCAUCUCAACAUCCCCGGAGCGCAUCUAUGCCCAGUUCUUGGAUGCAUCAAAAGCCACGGUGGGGGCUAUAGCCGUGCUGAUAAAUUGACUGAGCAUCUGUGGAAGAAACAUUCUGGUUUGGGCUAUGCCAAACGUGUUUAA